UUGCUCAGCACAAGCCAAAUUGAUGUGGCAACAUCAACAAACUCUGUAAGCAAUGCUUGGAGAGUAGCAGGGAUACCGCUCUAUCAUAUAAGGCCAUUUCUGGCUCUUGGGACCAACUAUGAGUACAAUCCCUUUGCUUCGUCUCUCUGGGAGGGAAUGGGUCUGACACGUACGAUGAUAUGGCUGUACGGCCACACAGACGACGCUGGGUGGACUCCUGUGGGGAUCGGUCUAGACCAUCAAGAUCAGUCACACCUUCGUCUUCCGGAUGGCACCUUCAUGGCUCAUCAGAGGCAUGCUAUGUGUGGUCCUGUCGAGUCAGGUAAGGCUUCGAGUUCUGCUAGUGCCAAGACAUCUGCAUGA